GAUCUGUACAAGGACGUCAUGAUGGAGGAUCACCGGCCCCUCACAUCACCAGUUAAGGAAGAGAGAACAACAACCGAGAGAUGUCCCAGUCCUCUGCUUCCACAGGAUGGUUCAGAAGAACAUCACAAUGUCCCACAGGAUAAUCAGCUUGUGAAUCCGGGUGAAGAUCUGAACAAUAUUACUCCUACAGAGACCUAUGUGAGGGGUGAUGAGCAGAGUACAGAGGACAUUCCUACAGAUAACCGCCCAGAUGACUGUACCAGGAACCUAGAGAAACAUCUGGUAUCUUCAGAUUUUGAAGUAGAUGAUUGUGGUAUCACACGAGAUACAUUUGAAGAGCAUGCCAAUAUGCAAGAUAUACCCUCAUCCAAUCACAGCAACAAUGCAUCAUUUAAUUCUUUAAAACAGCUCCGAUCGUCUUAUUUAUCAAAGACUGUAACACAGAAUAAAAGUCACAGAAGAGGUGCUAAACAUCAAUCGGCUCACGUAAAAGAGAAGACCUUUUCAUGUCCAGAAUGUGGGAAAUGUUUUAAUCAGAAAUCGGCUCUUGUUAUACAUCAGAGAAUUCACACAGGAGAAAAAUCUUUUUCAUGUUCAGAAUGUGGUAAAUGUCUUGAGUAUAAUAAAUCUCUUCUUAUACAUCAGAGAAUUCACACAGGAGUGAAGCCAUUUUCAUGUUCAGAAUGUGGGAAAUGUUUUACCCAGAAAUCUGAUCUUGUUAUACAUCAGAGAAUUCACACAGGAGAGAAGCCAUUUUCAUGUUUAGAAUGUGGGAAAUGUUUUAAGAGUAAAUCAGAAUUUGUUAAACAUCAGAGAAUUCACACAGGGGAGAAGCCAUUUUCAUGUUUAGAAUGUUGGAAAUGUUUUAACCGUAAAUCAGGUCUUGAUAGACAUCAGAAAAUUCACACAGGGGAGAAGCCAUUUUCAUGUUCAGAAUGUGUGAAACGUUUUAACAGUAAAUCAGAUCUUGUUAUACAUCAGAGAAUUCACACAGGGGAGAAGCCAUUUUCAUGUUUAGAAUGUGGGAAAUGUUUUAACCGUAAAUCAGGUCUUGAUAGACAUCAGAAAAUUCACACAGGGGAGAAGCCAUUUUCCUGUUCAGAAUGUGUGAAACGUUUUAACAGUAAAUCAGAAUUUGUUAUACAUCAGAGAAUUCACACAGGGGAGAAGCCAUUUUCAUGUUUAGAAUGUGGGAAAUGUUUUAACUAUAAAUCAGCUCUUGUUGUACAUCAGAGAAAUCACACAGGGGAGAAGCCAUUUUCAUGUUCAGAAUGUGGGAAAUGUUUUCACUGUAAUUCAUCUCUUCUUAAACAUCUGAGAAUUCACACAGGGGAGAAGCCAUUUUCAUGUUCAGAAUGUGGUAAAUGUUUUAACUGUAGUUCAUCUCUUGUUACACAUCAGAGAAUUCACACAGGGGAGAAUCCAUUUUCAUGUUCAGAAUGUGGGAAAUGUUUUAAGCAUAAAUCAUCUCUUGUUAUACAUCAGAGAAAUCACACAGGGGAGAAGCCAUUUUCAUGUUCAGAAUGUGGGAAAUGUUUUCACUGUAAUUCAUCGCUUCUUAAACAUCAGAAAAUUCAUACAGGGGAGAAGCCAUAUUCAUGUUCAGAAUGUGGAAAAUGUUUUAACCAUAAAUCAGAUCUUGUUGUUCAUCAGAGAAGUCACACAGGAGAGAAACCAUAUUUAUGUUCAGAAUGUGGGAAAUGUUUUCACUGUAAUUCAUCGCUUCUUAAACAUCAGAGAAUUCACACAAAACAGAAGCCAUAUCCAUGUUCAGAAUGUGGGAAAUGUUUUCACUCUAAUUCAUCGCUUCUUAAACAUCAGAGAAUUCACACAGGGGCAAAGCCAUAUUCAUGUUCAGAAUGUGGAAAAUGUUUCAACCAAAAAUCUGAUCUUGUUAUUCAUCAGAGAAGUCACACAGGAGAGAAACCAUAUUCAUGUUCAGAAUGUGGGAAAUGUUUUCACUGUAAUUCAUUGCUUCUUAGACAUCAGAGAAGUCACACAAAAGAGAAGCCAUUUUCAUGUUCAGAAUGUGGGAAAUGUUUUAACCAUAAAUCAGAUCUUGUUGUUCAUCAGACAAUUCACACAGAAGAGAAGCGAUAAUCAUGCUUAGCCCACUAGUGACCACUUUUUUUUUUCUUUUUUUUUUUUUGUGGUCACUGGCUUUAUUCCAUCAGAUACUCCUUUUUACAGGGAGAUAA